UCCUCUUCUUCUUCUUAUUCCCCAGACCGGCCUCUCUUCGCGCAUCGGCUGUUUCCUCUCUCCUCAAUGGCUUCCUCCACCACCUCAUCAUCCUCCACGUCCCUCUUCUCCCCCCUCUCCCCUCUCCAAACCCCACCCCGAUACAAACAUACAAAUCCCUCGGAUCUACGCCUAGGGUUUCGUCGCAUCAGCUUCUUCCCCAAUUCAAGAACCCUAAUCCCAGUCCCACCCCCCCAAAGGAGUCCUCGCUCGGAUCCGAUACGCGCCGUGCAAACCGACCGCAAACCCAGCCGCUCCCCCAACGACGGUGGUGGCAAGGAGGACGGCGACCCCAUCGAGCGGUUCUUGAAGCGGGACUACUCACAGUGGGGCUUUGUUUCUGACAUCGAGUCUGUCUCGAUCCCCAAGGGCCUUGAUGAGGGCACCGUACGCCUAAUCUCCGCCAAGAAGGGCGAGCCUGACUGGAUGCUCCAGUUCCGCCUCCGCGCCUUCCGCCGCUUCCAGGCCAUGCGCGAGCCGCAGUGGUCGGACAACCGCUACCCACCCAUCGACCUCCAGUCCAUCUGCUACUACUCCGAGCCCAAGCGGAAGCCCAAGCUUGGUAGUCUCGACGAGGUCGACCCGAAGCUCCUCGAGACCUUUGACCGCCUCGGCAUCCCCCUCAACGAGCAGAAGCGCCUCGCCAACGUCGCAGUUGACGCCGUCAUCGACUCCACCUCCAUCGCCACCACACACCGUGCCGCCCUCGCUGAGAAAGGCGUCGUAUUUUGCUCCAUCUCUGAGGCAAUCAGGGAGUACCCAGACCUCGUCCGUCGUUACCUGGGCGAGGUCGUCCCUCCGGGGGAUAACUACUAUGCCGCCCUCAAUUCUGCUGUCUUCAGUGACGGUUCCUUCUGCUACAUCCCCAAGGACACUGUGAGCCCUAUGGAAAUUUCCACCUACUUCCGUAUUAACGACCGGGAGACUGGACAGUUCGAGAGGACUCUGAUCAUCGCUGAUGAACGGAGCUAUGUGAGCUACUUGGAAGGCUGCACGGCGCCUUCCUAUGAUAAGAACCAGCUACAUGCUGCGGUGGUGGAGCUUUACUGUCAUGAGGGGGCCGAGAUCAAGUACUCCACUGUGCAGAACUGGUAUGCUGGGAAUGAGCAAGGCAUCGGUGGGAUCUACAAUUUUGUUACAAAGAGGGGGCUUUGUCAAGGUAAAGGGUCUAAAAUUUCUUGGACACAGGUGGAAACUGGGUCCGCAAUAACAUGGAAGUACCCCAGCGUAAUUCUGAGGGGGGACGACACAGUAGGUGAGUUUUACUCGGUAGCACUGACAAAGGAUUUUCAGCAAGCAGAUACAGGAACAAAGAUGAUUCAUCAGGGGAAGAAUACUAGGAGUCGAAUAGUCUCCAAGGGCAUAUCUGCUGGGAAGUCGAGGAAUUGUUACCGGGGGCUUGUUAAGGUCCAGCCUGAUGCAGAAAAUGCUCGUAACUUUUCACAAUGUGAUUCUAUGCUUAUUGGUGACACAGCUGCUGCAAACACAUAUCCCUACAUAGAGGUAAAGAACCCUACAGCCCGUGUUGAGCAUGAAGCAAGCACUUCGAAGAUAGGCGAAGAUCAGCUCUUCUAUUUUCAGCAGAGGGGGAUUGAUCACGAAAAGGCCGUAGCUGCAAUGAUAGGUGGAUUCUGCAGGGAUGUUUUCGACAAGCUCCCCCUCGAGUUUGCCUCUGAGGUGAAUGCACUCAUGAACUUGAAAUUAGAGGGGUCUGUUGGGUAAAUAUCCUCGUCUCUUAGCGGAACAAAAAGUUCGGGACUUCUUGUAUACUGUAUAGCUUGAUAAAAAAGCAGGGUGACUUAUAGCACAGAAGUCAAUAUCGAAUGCCCUCUUUAUUUUGUUCUUCACACGAGAUGACCGCAUCGAUGAUAAAUCCAAGCUCAAUGUACCUUCUGUUUGGAGAUGAGAAUGUUGCUCACAAGAUUUUCCCAGUAAAGAUCAGAGCUUUCAGUA